AUGUCAGACCCAAGCACCCACCCCUCGGCAGACUCAUACCGCGCCUCAGGCUUCUCCAACCGCAUAGGCUGGGGCCAACGACCUGCUCUCCUCCUCAUCGACGUCUGCGCCGCAUACUUCACGCCCGGCUCUCCCCUCGACCUAACCUCCAACCCUGCUGCAGCCGCCUCUCCAGACUCCAUGAAGCGCCUCCUCACCGCCGCUCGCUCGUCCAAGGUUCCCAUUAUCUGGACUCAAGUCUCAUACACCUCUCCCACACUCGCGGACGCUGGGCUUUUCCACGUCAAAGCACCUGUCAUUUCUGUAUGGCAGAAAGGUGACACGAGGGGUUUCGAUAAGUGUAUGCCCGGGUUGGAACCGCUAGAGGGAGAGGAGGUGGUGUUGAAGAAACACCCUUCGGCGUUUUUUGGAACGGAAUUGGCGGGCAUGCUGAGGUUCAUGGGUGUUGACACGGUGGUCAUUGCUGGAGUGAGUACGAGUGGGUGUAUUCGGGCGACGGCGCUGGACGCUAUGUGUCACAAUUUCCGGCCGUGA